GGUGAUUCCACCGCGGAGAACUCAAUGGUAUGGAUUAGCUCGAUGUUUGUUUCUGUUAGAGUUUAAUGCCUUCUUAUUAUAACUGUGAUGAGUUACACAUGUACGGAGGACUCCGUAGAACACUCAUCAAUUCAGUCUUACAAAUGUCUCUCUAUGCAUUGAUACGGAUACUUGCAGCACUUCCCCGUGGUGCUUUCGUAGAGAGUAAUUCACUUUAGGUAAUGCACAAGGUGUUGCUUUUUUCUUUCGUCUCGUCUAACCAUCCUCCUCUUUUUAUUUGCUGUCCAGGAAGAGUACCUCAUGUCAACCUAACUCAGACAUUGAAAGAUUUUCUUUUGCCUUUUGUCUUUCUCUCCCUCGUCCGAAUGAUGCCACAGUAUUUUUAUAUCUCAUUCUUGAACUCUAACAUGUCCUUCAUUUACAUAUACGAGUCUCAGAAACUCUCACAUUUGCAGCAGAACGCCACAGUUCAACUGUCCGAUCAUGCCGGUGUAUGCAUGCAUGUGUGGAUGUAUGUACUGUACUUUACCAACCCUUGCAAUUGAUCGCCCAACGCGUCACGUCUCUCCCCUGUCUGUGUACACUCGGGGCGAUCGAUCCUCCGUAGCCCAAGCAUCUCCACAGGUAAUUUGAAGCUGCAGAAUGGCAAUCCACCAUCAAUCCACCAUCUACGAUCCCGUAAUGUUGAAUUGUUGCCCAGGUCUACCAGAAUUUCUUCGAAUCAGUCAGCACGAUGCAACCAGCAGCCCAGGGGGGGGGGCCGCUAUGACGAGACCUUGUCUCUAUUCAUGAAAUUUCCGUAACGUGUUUGGCAUUAGUUAGUGAUGCUCAAUGAGAUUUGGCCAGCAUUCGUCUCUGACCUGGUAAUCUUGGCAGAGUCAGCAACCAGCCCCUGUCUUGUCAAAUUGGUCGAAUGUUCCAUGUUUCAGAUCAAUCCCAUGUGAACGAACCCACGUCGCCACAUAGCGUAGAUGAUGCGAGCAGCACAAACUUUACGUCGAUGAACGGGGAGGCAUAAGCUUGCAGUAAUAGGGGUCCCGAUGUAUUGCACAAGGCAUUGCAAUCAUCAUGACAUGCUGAAUGGCCAUUGGCCCAGAAGUUUGUUUCUAAUGAUCCAAUACUUGAGUUCCUUUCCUGUUCAUUCAUAGCACACUUGAUGCACUCACUCUUGUGGCAGGGACGUCAUCGAGCCUAUCAGUCGUAAACGGUGUUUUAUCCUGAGAUCCCUGCUUGAUUAUAUUUGACUAUUCCCCAAGUCUAGCGCAACACUGGCACAAGCCGCUGACAUUGAACAUCCGCGUGUCUGGCAGGUGAGAAUGAUGACAUUAGCCAUCAGUCCAAAAGUUUCAUCUUGUGGGAAUACGAACUAAAUAAGAGGUUCGUACAAGAUGGAAGGGGGAAAGCUGAAAGUCGCCGAGUACCUCACAAGAACAAAUUAAACUAGUUACACGACGGAGGAGGAUUCGAUAUCAUUUGAGGUACAAAGGUCCCUCCUUCUUGAGGAGCUUCACUUGUUAUCAUAGAUAGUCUUCCUAUAAUGAUAUCAGUUUCCCCGAUUACGCCGUCUUAUGGCUGCUCGAAUCUGACUGAGACUUUAGGUCCAACUCAUACCUAAGCAAGACCAAUAUCUAUCUUUUUUACUACAGCAUCGCCACGUCCAAACAUUGCUAAAUACUCUAGACUCUCCAAACUUCUCGGCCAGAAAACUGCCUCGCCAGCGAAUACCAGACGGCAGUCUCGCGGUAUCCUGUGCUUCCAUUUUGCUCGGGCUUUGGCAAGACAGAGAUAUGAACAGCAGUUUGAGCUCAGGGGGCUCGUCAGAGGGUUCGCCCCUUCUUGAAGAUCGUUAUCAUGACGAUACACCAAGAAACAUAGGAAACGAACAGGCGUUAGGUGGCGAUACUCCCAAAGCACUAUAUAGUGACAAGAAGUUACAUCUCGUGAUCGCAGCUGUCGGAAUUGGUGUCUACCUCGCUGCCGCCGAUCAACUUCUAACUGUUGUUGCAACUUAUGCCAAGAUUGGUAAUGAACUAAAUGCCUUGAACAAUACCAGUUGGAUUGCCACCGCAUACUUCCUAACCUUGACAAGUUCUCAACCUCUCUACGGUAAAUUGAGCGACAUAUUUGGCCGCAAAUCGUGUCUGCUCUUUGCCUACAUUGCCUUUUCUCUGGGAUCCCUGGGUUGUGGUCUUGCCCAGGAUAUGGCACAACUAUGUGCUGCGCGAGCCGUGGCAGGUAUAGGCGGAGGAGGCAUUAACUCUGUUGUCGCCAUCCUUCUGAGUGAUCUCGUACCGCUCAAGGAUCGUGGUGUGUCGCAAGACAGGAUCAGCAUCCUCUUUCUCGCCGGAACUGCUACUGGAGCUCCCCUUGGAGGAAUUUUGGCCGAUUCUGUCGGCUGGCGAUGGUCGUUCCUUGUCCAGGUUCCACUAUGCUUCUUUGCUUUCAUAGCCGUCUAUAUCAUCCUCGACCUUCCACCUGUUGAACAUGAUCACUGGCUUGCCAAGGUCCGCAAGAUUGACUUUCUCGGCGCUUUCACUCUCGUGGCGGCUGUAGUUGCUCUCCUCUUUGGUCUGGAUUCUGGCUCUAACCUCGGAUGGUCACAUGCUAUGGCUGGCGCCGUCCUGUCUUUAACUCCAGUUCUGUUUGCCUUGUUUCUUUUGAUCGAAAUAAACGUGGCUUCUCAUCCAUUUACGCCCGGACACAUAAUAUUUGAUCGUAGCUUGUUCGUCUACUAUGGGGUGGGUUUCUUCUCAGGGGCGGGACAGACAUCGACCAUCUUCUUUUUACCUCUCAUCUUUCAAGCUGUUCAGGGCCUAGGUGCUACUCAGAGUGGUUCCUUGCUUGUCCCGGGAAUGGUUGCAGGUGUUGCAGGCUCACUUUUAGGUGGCUGGAUCAUCAAAAGAACAGAAAAGCUCUACGCCAUAACGUUAUCGGCCAAUGCACUCGUCUUCGCUUCAGUCAUCCCCAUGGGCAUGUUCGUCUGGCUCCAUUCAACCGCCGGAGAGACUACUGGUCUUCCUAUUAUGUCAUUCGGAGCCGGCUGUGCUUUUGUGACAACGCUUAUUGGUCUGCUCGCAAAUGCUGCAGCUGAAGACACUGCUGUUGUUGUAGCGUGCUUGUAUCUCUUCCGAUCCCUCGGGGCUAGUAUAGGUAUCAGUACUAGAUCUACUAUACUUCAACAAGUUCUACGAAUGCAGUUGGCAGCUCGGCUCCCCGACGGGGAAGAAGCGCGUAAGAUUGAGGAGAAAGUCCGUCAGAGUCUUGACUCUAUCAAAAAAUUACCACCUCAUUUAGCAGAUCAGGCUUGUGGCACCAUUUUCGUUGGCGUUCUAGAUUAAGGAGAAACCUCUAAGAAGAUAGACGAAACAAGACUAUAUCAAGCAUACUAUUACAUCAACUUGACUCGGAAGUUGUCCCUAAAGGUGAGUCACUUUUAUAGUGUUCGAAAGCGGAAGGGAAUGACACAAUGGAAACCGACACCAUUUCCAUAAAAACUCCCCUCCUCAAUUCACUUUGCACUAACUCGUCAGUCUAAUGCAAGGUACACCCGUGAACCCAGCGCUCAUCGGCCGAUCAUUCCCCACCUCGGGCACUUGUUAAUAAACCAUCUCAACAAGAUCUCAGAGACAAAGCAAAGGAAUCAGAGAUUCAUUUCCCUUCCGUAUCGAAUAGACUAAGUAUUUAUUGAAGGAUAGUGUUGUCCAUUUACAUAGUAUACUUCUACCAAAAUCAUUGUGUCUACAACGAUUUCCACUUCCCUAUUAUUUUCUUUACAAAGUUGAACAAGGAUAUACUACACCUAGGUAGUACGUAGUACUAACCGUCUCACCAUCUCUCAAAAGCUCCUC